CUCCUCCCAUCACUGGCAAGGGGUUUCCACCGCGCAUGUUUGUGCGUGUGUGAUGUCGUCUACACUUUGAUUCAAUCGUAAACGUAUUUACAUAUUUGAGUUAUUAAGGGUUAGCGUUCUGUGGAUUACGCGGUACCAUUUUUGCAAGCUACCUUUAUCGAAAGAGAUCUAGAUUUCAGUACCGGUCGCUGUCCGGAACUGAUUAUAGCACAUCGCGUUGAAUUGAUGAUGCUCCGUUCGUGGUGCUGAAAUCCUUUGCGCUUUCGCUCUCUUUCCUUUCCUCUCUGUCCCUCCCUCCCUCCCUCCCUCCCUCCAUCUCUCCUCGAUCCCUCCCUUGGUUCUAUCUCAUACGCACAAACCCCUCUGUCAUGGCGUCUUCCAACAAUGUUACCCCUACCAACUGUAGCUGGUGGCCCAUCUCAGCCUUGGAUGAAGACGGUGAAAUGACAGACGGAGAGAAAAGCGAGGAGCCGGCUAUCGAGACGAAACCUAAUUUCUCUAAAGACAAGCUUGUUUUGUAUCACUGGACGCAGUCUUUCAUCUCUCAAAAGGUGCGUCUGGUGAUCAAUGAGAAGGGUCUGCUGUGUGAAGAGAGGGAUGUGAGUCUCCCUAUAGCCGAGCACAAUGAGCCCUGGUUUAUGAGGCUCAACCUGGGGGAGGAGGUGCCUGUUUUCAUCCACGGAGACACCAUCGUCUCAGACUACAACCAAAUCAUACAGUACCUAGAGGCUAACUUUGGGGGAGAAACGGUGGCCCAGCUGAUUCCCGAUGCUGGCUCUCCUGUCCACGAGUGUGUGCAGCAGUACCGUAAGCUGCUGGACGGCCUGCCCAUGGAUGCUUACACACACGGCUGUAUCCUGCACCCAGAGCUCACCACAGACUCCAUGAUCCCAAAGUACGCCACUGCUGAAAUACGUAGACACUUAGCCAACGCUGCGUCUGAGCUGUUGAAGCUGGACCACGAGGAACCCACGCUGACAGAGCCAUACCUUUCCAAGCAGAAGAAACUCAUGGCAAAAAUAUUGGACCACGAUAAUGUGACCUACCUAAAGAAGAUCCUUGGAGAGUUGGCCAUGGUACUAGAUCAGGUAGAGGCCGAGUUGGAAAAGAGGAAAAUCGAGUAUGAAGGUCAAAAGUGUGAGUUGUGGCUAUGUGGACCUGAAUUUACAUUAGCUGAUGUCUGCCUGGGAGCCUUGUUGCACAGGCUUAAGUUCUUGGGACUCUCAAAGAAAUACUGGGAGGACGGCAGCCGACCCAACCUCCAGUCCUUUUUCGAGCGGGUGCAAAAACGCUACGCUUUCCGAAAAGUUCUGGGUGACAUCCACACAACCCUUCUGUCAGCAGUUCUACCCAAUGCAUUCCGAAUGGUAAAAAAGAAGCCACCAUCUUUCUUCGGGGCCUCUUUCCUCAUGGGCUCUCUGGGAGGGAUGGGGUACUUUGCCUAUUGGUUUCUAAAAAAGAAAUAUGUGUAGUGAGCGCCCCCCUCCAUGUCUUAAAUGUCUGUGUAUUUGUGUGAUGUUUCAAUUUUUCUGUAAUGUUUUACAACAGGAGGAAAAUAUGAAUCUAUAUAGGGAACACUAUUACUUACCUAGGUGAACAAAGAUAAGAACAUUCCAUACACAAAGGAAUUGUUAACAGCACAUUUUUCUGGUAUUCCAAUCCAUCUAUUUAAUUUCUGGCUCCCUUCUUCAGGUCUCUAUCAACGUACAGUAUCACUUUCUAAUUAGCUAAUUUUGGAGGCAUGCAUUAUCCAGUUAUUUUAAUUAACGGAACAAACUUAUUUGUUUUUAAUGAUCAUUAGCGUCAUAUUCCCUCCACAUGAGAGACAAUGUCUUGACAUUGCAUCGCCAUAUCCAAAGUGGGGCUCAUCCACACCCUGCACGUCACUAGAGUUUUAUUAAGUCGUUUUUCAUCACAGUUUUGGCGUUCACCUAUUGCCCUUCAUGCCUCUGUUGGCCAUUGGUUUAUUUGAUCAAAUCCUUCUGAUACUUCCUGUGCUGCCAGAAACUGCCAGAUGAGAAGAUAGGAUAGUGAGACGUCCAGUCGGUCCCAAUUCGCUCCCUUUCCUUUUCCCCCUUUGACCAUAAUUGUUGUUUGCAGAUUUGUAAGUUUCACCACUAUUUAUACCAAUCCAGACCCUCCAGUUAUGCAAACAUUGAAGGAUCUGGCCAAAGGAAAGGGGUAAGGAGUGAAUUGGGACUGUAUACAGACACACUCAGCCAUAUACAGGCACUCCCUUUAAAGCACUAUGAGAGUAUAUGCACUCCAUCAAUUCAUUCAUUAAUAAAAUGUGAUUGUCAUUUCUCACACCACAGUCUUGAGCUGAUCAUGAAGUGCUCUCUGACUUUAAAGUCAGAGAGGAUGGGUCUGAUAGAGAAAUAAUUUAAGUGCCAAUUGAGCCAUCCAAAAUAUUGAGCUAGGAAUCACUCAGCGGCUUUUGACAGUGUCCAUACAGAGUGACUAUGAACUUAUACAUGGUUCAGUUAAAUAGUCACAUAAAUAGCUGACAUGUUGGUUUGAUCCCAGCAACAUUGAGCAGCACCAGUUUUAGUUCAAUAAUCCAAGCUUUUUUUCUCCAUAACUUGUAUGACUAGCCAUUUAAACUAAACUCGUACACUACAAACCUCUUAGAAAACUGUGACAAGUGUUACAAAAUUCUGGGAACUUUCAACAUAUUCUCUGGUUUUUCCAGAAAUCCUAGUUGGAGGAUUCCAGAUUUCCUGCUUAUUCUCUCCAGGAUUCCCAGAAUUAGGAGAGCAUAAGCAGGAAAUCCAGAAUCCUCCAACUAGGAUUCCUGGAAAACCAGGGAGUUGAUUGAACGUUCACAGAAUUUUGCAACCCAAAUCCUCUGGAGUCUAUCUGACCUACACAAUGUUCCCCUCUACAGUGCUAGCAUGUACACAGCUGAAUGUCAAAAGGGUUAUAAUUGUAUAACUACAAGGAUUUAUUUCAAUUUAAAUAAGGUCUGGGUAAAAAAAAUAAAACAUAUAGUGACUUGACACUCAAUGUAUAACAAGACAACAAGACAGUAAGAUCCAGUUCUGGUUUGCCACUGAAAUAGCUCUUUCACAAUAGUCUUUCCUCAUGUCCUCCCCCCGUCCUCCUUUUCAAAAUGGCAGAGGGAAGUGAGGUGACAGGAGAGCAUUAAGUAGAAGACAAGAGAAACCUUGGAUCUUCAGUUCCAUCUCAUUGUGAAGUCAUGGGCAGCAGACUUCGACAAAGAACAUGUUUCUUCCUUGUAGGAAAAGGCAAGAUUUUUGAGUGAACAGAGUAACCGUGCGUAUGGUUGUUAACAGACUGCAUGGCUGAAAAACGAUGGCCAAUGUUUCAUUAACAGUGUGUCAGCUGUGUGGGGUAUCUAUGUUUAAGUACUAAAUGGCACCCUAUUCCCGAUGUAGUGCACUACUUUUGACGAGGGACCAUAAGGCUCUGAUCAAAAGUAGUGCACUAUGUUGGGAAUAGGGUGUAAUUUUGGAUUCACAUAAAGGUUUCACUUUGAAUACUUGUCAAGACACACCUGGAACCGGUUUCUGAACACAAAUUAAAGCUAGUCCUGGACUAAAUAGCAUGCUCAACGGAGAAUCUCCAUUGACAUAACUUUUUAGUCCAGGGACAGGCUUAAUGUUUGUCUGGGAAACCAGCCCUACAAGUUCAUCUGAAAACAGCAAUUUGAGAAGUCACAGUUCAUCUCAUCACAUUGGGUGUUUGAUGGUGAGAAGAAAACAUUCACAAAUGAAUAACUGUCUGGCGUUUUCUUCAUGUUGAGCUUUGGAGAUCUAUGUAAUGGAAAGAACAUUUGACACCAGUAGUUGCCUGUCUAACAACAAUAACAUAAAAUGGCACAGGUUUGAAAAUCUUAAGUUUGAGCUUUUUUGUUGUUGCUGGAAGUAAGCAAGUUAACACAUUUUACAUUUAGCCUAGUACUCAACCAAUACACUGGCUUUCAUUAUUAGCCAUACAGUAGUUAAAUACAAGUGUGUCUACAGUCCAUUUCAUUUGGUGGGUUUUUUCCUGGGACUUUCACUGAUACAUAAACUAACACUGUCUGGGUGUAAUGUCAGAGACCAAUUGAGAAAUUACAUUUCCAUAACUAGCCUAUAAUUGUCAGUGUUUUACUAGGUUUCAUUAUAACAAUCACCAUUGUUACCAAUAAUUCACUGCCUCUUAAAACUGAGUUCCUGCAAA